AUGCUGUACCUCGUGGGACUCGGUCUUUCAGACGAGACAGAUAUCACUGUCAAGGGCCUGGAGGUUGUCAAGAAGGCUUCCAGGGUUUAUCUCGAAGCCUACACUAGCAUUCUGCUGGUUGAGCAAUCUGUCUUGGAAUCCUACUAUGGUCGAUCUAUCACAGUAGCUGACCGUGAAAUGGUUGAAUCCAACAGCGAAGAGAUCCUCCGAAAUGCGCAGAACGAGGAUGUCGCAUUCCUUGUCGUUGGUGAUCCUUUUGGUGCGACAACGCAUACAGAUCUCGUUCUUCGUGCACGAGAACUUGAGAUCCCUGUCCGAACAGUUCCCAAUGCCUCCAUCAUGUCCGGUAUCGGUGCCUGCGGUCUUCAGCUUUACAACUUUGGUCAGACCGUGUCCAUGGUCUUCUUCACAGACACUUGGAAGCCUGCAUCUUUCUACGACCGCAUAAAGGAGAAUCGCCAGAUUGGCCUUCAUACAUUGGUUCUGGUGGAUAUCAAGGUCAAGGAGCAGAGUCUCGAGAACAUGGCUCGUGGUCGCCUCGUCUACGAGCCCCCUCGCUACAUGACCGUGGGCCAAUGUGCCCAGCAAAUGUUGGAAAUUGAGGAGGAGCGCAAGGAGGGCGUAUACACCAAAGACAGCCUUGCCAUUGGUGCUGCUCGUGUAGGAGGCAAGACAGAGAAAUUCGUGGCUGGUACGCUGGAAGAACUCUGCUCUACUGAUGAGGAGCUUGGUCCUCCUCUUCACAGUCUUGUUCUUCUUGGACGAAGGACACAUGAGCUGGAGCUCGACUACGUGCGACAAUUUGCUGUUGACAAGGAGAAGUGGGACAAGAUAUGGAACGCCGAGUAUGGAAAGCAACUUUGA